CCAGCUUGUUUGCUUCUCCUUGGCUGCCAGAGUUGGGCAUGACACAACUCCAGGGACUUGGUCACCUCUCGGGGAAGGGUGGCUCAUGGACCCAGGGCUGGCGUUUCCCCUGCCUCACAGGUGCUCUGCAUCCUCGGAGGGGCGGGAGGAGGCCAAGGGAACCAGAUCCCGGUAACCGGGAGCUGCCAGUGUUGAGUUGCAGCUGGCAUUUCCAAUGCAGCCUUGGCAGAGCUGCCACAUCCCCUCACCCACCUGCUGCUCUCACCGCAGACCCUGAGCUGACACAGUUUACAAGCAGCCCUUUCCGCACGGGUUUGGUGCUGCCUCCAGUCUCGGAGCUGCCCCUCUGCACCCCUGAGCAAGCCUCACUGCUGUCUGCAGGGAGCCGGGCUGGCAGACCUCGUGGAAACCUUGAUGUGGCCCUGGCCCUUGGUGGGGGGCUUGUUUUGCCCAGCAAGGCGGGCAGAAGCCUGAGCAGGGCAGCGCUGGGUGCAGUUUGGCAGCCUGUGUGCCCGGGAGGGGAGCCAGAGGAGCCGUGGACAUCUCUGCCUUUCAGAGCCUUAAGUCAAGUCUGUCUCCUAGGGGAAAAUAUUCCCUGCUGCUUGGUCAUCAGGGGUGUUGCUUUGCAGGGUGGUGUGGCAGUGCUGGGGGUGGCACCGUGCUCCGUGGGAGCCCUGGUCCUGAGCUGACUCUCCUUGCUGCAGAGGAACCCAAGGGACGCUGGCAGGGGGCACUCCCUGUCCUGGCUCCGGACGUGCAUCCCAUCAGUUUGGCAGGGUGCAGGUACGGCUGGAUGACGGCUGAGGAUGUGCUAUGGAGCCGGGAUUCAACUGCUCUGAGCUCUGCGAUGGCAGCUCCAGCUUUGGCAGCCAGGAGCAGCAGCAGCGGGCCCUGCAGGAGCUCUGCACUGUGACAGUGACAUCGUUUGACCACAGUAUGAAGAGCUCCCCAUCCUUCUCUGCUGGUCUCCUGGGAGUUGUGUGGACAUUCCUGACUGGAGGAGUCCUGCUAGCACUCUUCUUUUUCAUCUUCACUAUUCGCUUCAGGAAAAACAGGAUUGUGAAGAUGUCCAGCCCCAAUCUCAACAUUGUGACCCUGCUGGGCAGUGGCUUGACUUACACAAGUGCUUACCUCUUUGGGAUUCAGGAGCAGAGCCUGCCAUCUGGAGACUCAAUGGAAAAGCUAAUUCAGGUGAGGCUGUGCCUGCUGUGCGUGGGGACCUCGCUGGUGUUCGGGCCUGUGCUGGGGAAGAGCUGGAGGCUCUACAAGGUGUUCACCCAGCGGGUGCCCGACAAGCGCGUGAUUAUCAAAGACCUGCAGUUGCUGGCCAUGGUGGCAGUGCUGGUGCUGGCAGACACUGUCUUGCUCUUGACCUGGGUGUUCUCUGACCCAGUCCAGUGCUUCCGAAGCCUCAGCGUCUCCCUGCGGGCCACUGAGAAAGGCAUGACGUGCUCCGUGAGCCGGGUGCAGUCCUGUGCAUCGCUCUAUUCCGAUCUUUGGCUUGUUCUCAUUUUAGGCUUUAAGAGCAUCCUCCUGCUGUAUGGGACCUACUUGGCCGGUCUGACCGACAACGUCAGCUCCUCUCCAGUGAACCAGUCCUUGACACUCAUCGUCGGGGUCAACCUGGUUUUCCUGGCUGCUGGUACCAUCUGCUUAGUUCACCGUUUCUUCCGUGCUUGGCACAAUCUGCUGUUUGGUUUUACCUCUGGAGGCAUCUUUGUGUGUACAACCACCAUCAACUGCUUCAUCUUUGUCCCACAGCUCAAGCAGUGGAAAGCCUUUGAAGAGGAAAGCCAAACCAUGAGCCACAUGGCAAAAUAUUUCACCAGCCCGAGCAGGAGCUGCCGCUCAGUGUACAGCGAGGAGCAGCUCUACCAGCUCAUAGGGGAGAAAAACUCUAUGAAGCGGCUGCUCACCGAGAAAAACGCCGUGAUCGAAAGCCUGCAGGAGCAAGUGAGCAGCGCCAAGGAGAAGCUGAUGAGGCUGAUGUCUGCGGAGAGCGGCUGCGACCCCCGUGUGCUGCCAGCAGCUCCCUGCACCUGGAGCUCAGGGCAGCCUGGGGAUGCACCAGGGGACUGCUGCCCCCCAGAUCCAGGGAGGGAUGGGUGGCAGCCCCCCUGCUUGCUGGGUUCAUCACCUCCUAGCAGCAAUGCUCAGGCUCUCCAGAAAGAUGCAACCCAGGAGCCUGUUUGCACUCAGGUGCUGCUUUUUAAUGGAGGGGACAGCAUUGAACGUGGCCUGAAAGAUCUCCAGGAGUGUGGGACACCUGCAGUGCAGGAGCAGCCUCCGGAGCAGCUGCCAGGCCAGGACAAUUCAGCUGGCGUAGCCUGGGAGUCGUCCCCCAAAAUCAGCUAUGUAAACAGCGAGAAGCUGUGGGAAAUCUUGCAAGAGUUAAGCCUGGAUGGCAAAAACCACAGCCCAGCCUUAUCUGCAGGACCCCCACUCGGCAACCGGGGCACCUCAGGCGAGCAGGGAGAAACACGGGCAGGCCAGGAGGGCUACCCAGGCAUCCACACAGCCCUCAGCCCCUACCUGGCAAGGCUUCAGCGGAGGAUCCCAUUGCCCCCUGCCUCCACACGCUUCCCUGGACACGUAUCCCCUCGUGCCAGCUGCAGGGUGAAGGAGGUGGGCAGCUGGGGCCGUGGGGAGUCAGCUCAAAACUCCCUGGGAAAGGGAGGGGACACGGCUGGCAGAGGGCUCCUUCACGGCCCAGCACCGUCCGCUGCAGCCAUCCCGAGGGAGGCCAGCCUCCAGCCAGAGGGGUGGCAGGGAUGGCCCAGGGUGCCUCAGGGAUGCCAGGGUGCCUCACCGAGCAUCCCACAGGAGCGGCGGCGGCGGCAGGGCACGCCCAGGGGCCCCGCGGAGCCUUCCCUGCGCUCGCUGUACUAUUACCCAGACUCUGACUCCAGCAGCAGCAGCAGCUCUGAGGAGGUGUUUCAUGGCUGCCACCGACCCUGCUGCGAGGUUUGCUUUCAGAGCCCUCGUGGCUCCCUGGACAGCAGCAGCACGGACACGGACACAGAGCCCAGUGACUGUGAGGAUCACCAGACAGAGCACCACGGCGGGCCCCAGCCUGUGGUGAAUUUCAAAGAGGAUCUGAAACCCACUUUCGUGUGACUGGGAGCACCCCUGCUCCAAAGGCAAGUGCCUUCCCACCCCCAAAACACUGCGUGUUCUCUGCAAUGCUAAAGCCACACAUCCCUCUGGGGAAUGUGCCUUGUUCUGGAAUGCGGGGAUUUGCCCCAUUCUGAUCUGCAGUGUCAGCCCCAGCCUGGUCAGCCGUGCCUGCAGCCUGAGUUUGGCUGAGAGGGGCUUGGCAGCACUCAGGGAGGUGGCAGUGGCCUUGUCCUGGCUGCUCUGAGCAGCAGCCUGUGUCCCACAGGUAGCAGCAGUUCUGUCCAUCCUGGUGCCAGCAGUGCAGAAACCGGGCUGGGGGUGUGUGAGAGCCCAAACUUCAUCUCCUCAGAGAGCUUUCCCUGUGAGACCUUGCCCUGGCAGGGAGCAGCAUCCUGCCUCAGAAACAACCAUGGCUUCUUGCACACCUCUCCAUAUGGACUGACAGGAGACUCCUUCCCCUGAGGCUGCCCAGGCAGAGCAUCCCCCUGGCAUCACCCCAGCUGGGGAUGGGAGAUGGAUGCCAGAAGCAGCUGCAGGCGGUCCUGCACCUGGGGUGUGCUGCUGCCAGGCAAAACAAGGACUUUGGAAGGGGGGUGCACAGCAAACUUUUGGGUUUUGGUGGGGUUUUUUUUGUAGCAUCUGAAUGGGAAAAUGGAGUCCAAAGGUGAUGUCUGUGAAGGUGUCUUUGCAUUUUGUGUUCUUCAGGUGCAUCGUUGUAGGUGAGACUCAGGUCAGAGCUGAAGGGAAAGACAAGGCCAUUGUAAAGGAGGAUCUGAAAAGGGGGUUCUUUUUUUACCUUGAUUUCUGGAUCUUGUGCCCUUCUGUCUGUCUUUGUAUGGAUGAUAUAGUCUGGAAUAAGGUUUGUUUAAAUUAAUAUGCUCUGUUUAAUUUUUAUCUUAGAAACACCAAGAACAAUGUGUGUGUGCCUUUUUGGGAUAUUUAUUGUGGCAUUUGAGCUUAUCGUUGCUUCCACAGGAGUUCAGGAUGCUGAGACCUGAUGCCCAGUGCAAUAUAAACCUUCUGGAGAAGGGCUUGAUUAAAAAAGCAGGUGUCAGAGGAAUCCCAGAGCUGGUUUUGAACAAAGCAUGUUAGCACUGCCCUCUCCAUUAGCCAAAUGAUGAAAUCCCUCACUUCUGUCUCUUCACUGGUGUGACCUUUUUUUCCCCUGUUGCCUCUGCAGUUUUCCAAGCUUGCAUGUAGGGCAAAUCAUCAAACUCAGUAAUCUUAUGAGGAACAAUAUUCCCACAGUCCCUGUUUGCUUU